AUGGCGCCCAAAAACAAGGAGGCAGGGAAAGGCGAUAAGGCCAAAGCCGGCUCUGGAGGGGGAAAAGGCAAAGGAAAGGGGAAAGAGGAGGAUGGGUCAACCGGGGGAAGUGGUAAGCUGAAGGCGGCUCAGUCAAUUAAUGUCAGACACAUCCUGUGCGAGAAGCACUCUAAGAAAGAAGAGGCGCUGGCCAAAUUGCGUGCUGGAGCAAAGUUUGAUGACGUGGCGAGGGAAUUUUCAGAGGACAAGGCCAGACAAGGCGGAGCCCUGGGCUGGAAGGUCCGGGGAAGUUUACAUGGAGACUUUGAGAAAGUCGCCUACGAACUGGAACCAAGCACAACAGCCAAUCCCAAAUAUGCUGAAGUGAAAACGAGUCAUGGCUAUCAUAUCAUCAUGGUCGAAGGAAGGAAAUGA